AUCGUUACUUCUUCCUCUCGCGCCUCUUCGUCUACAAAAAAACAUAUCCUUCAUUUUUCUCUUUCCUCUCCAUCUCAGUUUUAGCUAGCAAGAACGAUCAGAUCAAAGAUGUCUAGAGUUACCACAGAGCUAGACUUCUUCGGUCUCGAGAAGAAGCAGACCAACAACGUUCCAAAGCCUAAGUUCAAGAAAUUUCUCGACCGUCGUCGCAGUUUCCGAGAUAUUCAAGGUGCGAUUUCUAAGAUCAAUCCGGAGAUUAUCAAAUCGUUGUUAGCUUCUGGUGCUAACCAUGCAGAUUCAUCGACUAUAUCUCCUUCGGUUCCGUCUACUCCAAAGGCAGAUCAUCCUCAGAUCCCUAUUUCUCCGGUCCAAGCGCCUCUCACCAUGCAAACGGAACAUAGCUCUGGAACUGUUCCUAUGACCAUCUUCUACAAUGGAACCGUCUCCGUUUACCAAGUGUCUCCUAACCAGGCUGAUGAUAUUCUGAAGGUUGUCAUGGAAACAGCACCAAAGAAAGACAAAUCGAUUGUGAAAGAUCAUUCGGUAAUUCCUCCGACCACCCUAAGGACAAAGCUCUUUGGCAAGAAUCUAGAAGGAGAUCUUCCCAUCCAAAGGACAAGGUCACUGCAAAGGUUUCUUGAGAAGCGCAAGGAGAGAUUAGUAUCAAUAUCUCCUUACUUCCCCACAUCAGGCUAAACGAAACUCUCAUCUCUUUGUUGAUUGGGACUUGAAACCAAAUGUUCAUUUCACCUUCCAAUACAUCAACGUUCGUUUUGCGUUUGGCUUCUCUCCAUUCCCUUGGAAUGACGACAUCCUUUAAACGUUACUUUCUAUGAAUUAAUAUACAGUAUGUUAUAUAAAUAUGUUUGUUAAUUUCUUAAAUGAUUAUUCUCUCUAGUGUCA